AUGGCUGGCCUGCCACGUAUCGACCUUACCCCUUUUCAAUCUAUUAUUACUGAAAAGUUCCAGAAUGGCUGGACUUAUUCUAAUAUAAUUACAUAUCUUUCCGAAUCAUUCCAAAUUCAGGUCUCUCCGUCAACAUUUAAACGUUUCCUACAAAGCUUAAACCUCCGCCGCGAAGUCCGUACAGAAUUUUCCAGCGCCUUACUACAACGUAUCUUCCAGCUCUUCUUUGAUCAUAGGCUAUCCGAUUUAGAUAUUCUUUUAUGCUUACGGACGGAAGGCUUCACAGUCUCACAACGUGGCUUAGAAGAUAUUCGAAAAUGCCACAAACUAUGGCGCCGUCAAACCCCCGAGCAGCUUCAAGCAGCAUUUCACCAAGCUGUAAACUUCCUUGCCUCUACAACAAGUGAUGAAGCACGCGUUACACGAGACUUUGGCCGAGAAUUCCUCUUUACAUAUAUGCGCCAACGUGGCCAUAUUAUUAGCCGCUCGGUCUUAUAUGAAGCAUAUCGUACAGUUUUUCCCGAGGAAGUUGCAAACCGACUGAAAGAGAUCCGAUACCGGCGGAAAGGUUGGACUACGCCAGGUCCAAACUUUAUAUGGUCACUCGAUGCAUAUGAUAAACUACUUCCGUUUGGGUUUGAGAUAUAUGCUAGCAUCGAUGCAUACUCCCGUUAUAUUGUGUGGUUUUACGUUGGGUUUUCUGCACAUACGGCCCGUUCUGUAUUAGCCCAAUAUCUAUCUACACUUCUAUCACGGGGUAUUAUGCCACAAACUAUUCGUUCAGACCGUGGUACAGAAACUAUCUUAACUGCUGGUAGUCAUUGGUAUCUAUCACAGGACCGUACAAAGAAGGCCCCUUUACAGCCAGGCCAAGACGUUCCUAUUCAGUUCCGUGACUGUUGGAUCUUUAGUAAAAGUAUCCAUAAUGUUAAGAUUGAAAGCUGGUGGAACCAACUUUGUCAAGCACAGUCUGCAACUUGGAGAGCAUAUUUCUAUCGAUUACAAGCGUUAGGUUUAUUUUAUAACCAAUCGCUUUCUGACCGUGUUGCCUUAUUAUUUAUCUUUAUGCCACUUAUCCGUAAAGACUUUACCUCUUUUGUUCAACUCUGGAAUAACCAUCGCAUUCGCUCACAAAAAAGUCGCCCACAUGUUGUUUCUGGUCAACCAUGGAAACUUUAUCAUCAUCCAGAUCAUCAAACCGCACAAGACUUUGCUCAGCCAAUCGAUCACGUAAAGAUUCAAAAACUUCAAAACUUACUUGGAAGUGAAGAACUUAAUUUGGAUCAAUUCCUUCCGCACGAAGUCUUUCAAGUUUGUAAAGGUAUUAUGGAGCCUAUACAAACCUUUCCACCAGUUACAAACUUCUGCGGUACACAAUAUCCACGUAUUGAAGCAUAUAACUUCCUACGGCAACGUCUUGAAGAAUAUAUUGAGGCUAGGAUUCAACCAGAACUUCACUUACUACCAAAACAAAAUGGAGGUAUUGAAUGGGUAAAAGAACAGUUCCGUAGCCGCGGGAUUAGUAUAGAUGAACUUUAUACAUCACUGUCAGGAAGUGAUAGUAGUUCAGAAAUAGAUGAAACUUGA